GCCGCCGCUCCCGCCGGGCCGGACCCGCGUCCUGCCCAGCCCCGCGUCCCGGCCCCGCCAUGGCCAUGAGGCAGACCCCGCUCACCUGCUCCGGCCACACCCGGCCCGUGGUGGACCUGGCCUUCAGCAGAGUCACCCCCUUCGGAUAUUUCCUGAUCAGCGCCUGCAAGGAUGGCAAGCCUAUGCUACGUCAGGGUGACACAGGGGACUGGAUUGGCACGUUUCUAGGCCAUAAAGGUGCUGUUUGGGGUGCCACUUUGAACACAGAUGCCACUAAAGCAGCUACAGCAGCAGCAGAUUUUACAGCCAAAGUGUGGGAUGCUGUGUCAGGCGAUGAACUAAUCACAUUGGCUCACAAACACAUUGUCAAAAGUGUGGAUUUUACACAGGAUAGCAAUUAUCUGUUAACAGGUGGACAAGAUAAGCUCUUGCGUAUCUAUGACUUGAGCAAGCCAGAAGCAGAACCUGAUGUUGUCAGUGGACAUACUUCUGGCAUUAAAAAGGCUUUAUGGAGCAGUGAUGACAAACAGAUUCUUUCAGCUGAUGAUAAAACUGUACGCCUUUGGGACCGGAGUACCAUGACUGAAGUGAAGUCACUAAAUGUUGCAAUGUCAGUGAGCAGCAUGGAGUAUGUUCCAGAAGGACAGAUCCUUGUGAUAACCUAUGGGAAGACUAUUGCUUUUCAUAGUGCAGAAACUCUAGAGCAGAUUAAAUCAUUUGAAGCACCAGCUACAAUCAAUUCUGCAUCACUUCAUCCUGCAAAAGAAUGUUUGGUCGCAGGUGGUGAAGAUUUUAAACUCUAUAAAUAUGACUAUAAUACAGGAGAAGAAUUAGAAUCUUACAAAGGGCACUUUGGUCCAAUUCACUGUGUGAGAUUUAGCCCUGAUGGAGAGUUAUAUGCAAGUGGCUCUGAGGAUGGUACACUAAGGCUGUGGCAGACAACAGUAGGAAAAACCUAUGGUCUUUGGAAAUGUGUAGUUCCUGAAGAGGAGAAUGCAGAAGCAGCAAAAGCAAGGGCUACCCUUCCAGGAACUGCAGAGGAGGAAAUAGUUGCAGAAGAGAUUGCCUCUGAAAACUCAGAUACAGUGUACAGCUCAACUCCUGAAGUUAAGGCCUGAUUACUGCAACUGUUACAUGACACAUGGACAUACAAGACUAAAUCAAGUGAGCAGUGACAAACAGCAGCCUUCCAGAGUGAGCUCUCUACGUAAGGCAAAGAUGGGCAGUAAUUGAUGAGAAUGCGGUGGAACUGGCUAGGUGUUGUCUGUAAGAGAACUGAGUAUCCAAUUAAAAACCCAAAAGACAAGUAGUAGAGUUUUGCUGUCUUUUUGGCAUAACUGCCUACUGUCUUUUCAAAGAAGUGUGCAAGCCAAGAUCCAAUCUCUCCAAUUUCAAUUAGACUCAUUGUAGUGUGCUUUCUUUAUUACGGAGAAGAGAUACAAUGGCUUUUACCCUUUUUUUUUUUUUUUUUUCUUGAAAGUUGGAAGAAUUGGCUGUAGUUGAAAAGAAGGGAUUAUGUACUCAAAAGUAUUUGGUUCGGGUUUUGUUUCAUUGUAUGCUGCUUCUGAAUGUUUAACUGUUUUCAGUUGUCUAAAUAAAAUGCCUCUCAAAACUUGUACGUUACUGUUGAGCAUUGGGUUCGUGAAAUGGAAAAGCAACCAAAUUAAUCACGUAAUCCUUUCUAGCAUCUUGGUUUUGUACUAUACAGAGGGAAAGCAAAAGAAUGUUUUAGUGUUGGUACAGAGGGUGGCAAGUUCUUUGAUCUGUAAGCUUUGAGUCUUUUUUUAUUCUUUAAAGUUUGAAUGUAAACAUGAGUCUCUAAAAUGAAAAACAACAAAAACUCUUAUAUUAAAUGUGCUGGCUGAAAUAUUUGGUUGUACAUGAA